CUUCACUAAAAUUUAAUUAACUAGUCAUACGACGCUCGUACUCGUUAACGAGUCCACUCAGCUCGUUCAUCGUUGCCAUUUUGCCCUCUCUCUCUCUCUCUCUGUGGGCCGCUUCACCAUUUAUCGGCUGCAUCCGAGUAAACAUGGCCAAGGAAGAGAAGAAAGAAGCAUUUAGGAGAUAUCUGGAAUCUAGUGGAGUUCUUGAUGCUUUAACAAAAGUCCUUGUUGCUCUAUAUGAAGAGAAUGAGAAGCCGGUCUCUGCAAUCGAGUUUAUCAAGCAUAGUUUAGGUGGUCCAACGUUGGCAGAAUAUGAAAAGCUACUAGCAGAAAAAGCUGAUUUGCAAUUGAAAUAUGAUAACCUUCUGACAAUGCAUCAAGUCACUUGCAAGGAGCUUGAUGAACUUCAGAAGUCUCACAGCUUCAUGAACUCUGACGGUCAUUAUCCACAUGGCCACUAAGAGCAUAAGAAUCAACAAUGAGGUCUGAAGGUGUGAUGAGAUCGGAUAAGAAAUUCAGAAAUUACUGAUUAGAAUAUCCAUUGCGCUACAGUGAUGAUCCUUCCUAUUCAUUUUUCCCCCCUUUUUCUGUUAUGUUUUUUUUUUUAAUUGUGUAAAUAAAGUUUCAGAUGGUUGACAUGUUAUCUGGACCCUCCAUGUUUCAUGAGAGUAUUUUGUAAAGAUUUACUUCAGAUGUAGUAUUCUGUGGAAUGAUCUUAAUCCUACCAACUCGUCAGGUGUGCAAAGCGAGCUCUUGUUGGCACGACUGAACCUCUGUUUGACAUUGUUUAUUGUAAGCGUCAAAUCUUUGACUUUCUGCAAA